GCCACCUAACGGACCUCUGGACCUGCCCUGGUUCGCUGGUUGCGACGGCAGGUCAGGCAUAUUUUCCCACGCAUUGCCUGCUCCCCGGCUGCGCUUUUUUUUCAAGCCCGUGCCGCCUUGAUUGCUUCAACCUGAACUUUUUCCCUUUCUUCUCUCCUUUCCGUACUGUUCCUUUCUCCUCAACCACACCACAUCCCGUCCUCCCACUCAGUAAACCAUGGCUCCCGUUAUGCGCCUGGGCUCCGCCGCCCUGAGGUCCUCCAUCAACCUCACUUCUCGCCAGACUGCCUUCACUGCCGCCAGAUGCUACUCUUCCAAGACUCAGACUCUCAAGGAGCGCUUCGCUGAGCUCCUCCCCGAGAACAUCGAGAAGAUUAAGGCCCUCCGCAAGGAGCACGGUUCCAAGGUCGUCGACAAGGUCACUCUCGACCAGGUCUAUGGCGGUGCCCGUGGCAUCAAGUGCCUUGUCUGGGAGGGUUCCGUCCUUGACGCCGAGGAGGGUAUCCGUUUCCGCGGCAAGACCAUCCCCGAGUGCCAGGAACUGCUUCCCAAGGCUCCCGGCGGCAAGGAGCCCCUGCCUGAGGGUCUCUUCUGGCUUCUCCUGACUGGUGAGGUCCCCUCCGAGCAGCAGGUCCGCGACCUUUCUGCCGAGUGGGCUGCCCGCUCCGAUGUCCCCAAGUUCAUUGAGGAGCUCAUCGACCGCUGCCCCUCUGACCUCCACCCCAUGGCUCAGCUCUCCCUCGCUGUCACCGCUCUCGAGCACACCUCUUCCUUCGCCCGUGCCUACGCCAAGGGUAUCAACAAGAAGGAGUACUGGGGCUACACCUUUGAGGACUCCAUGGACCUCAUUGCCAAGCUCCCCACCAUUGCUGCCCGCAUCUACCAGAACGUCUUCAAGGGCGGCAAGGUCGCUGCUGUCCAGAAGGACAAGGACUACUCCUUCAACUUCGCCAACCAGCUCGGCUUCGGCGACAACAAGGACUUCGUUGAGCUCCUCCGUCUCUACCUCACCAUCCACACCGAUCACGAGGGUGGCAACGUCUCUGCCCACACCACUCACCUUGUCGGCUCUGCUCUCAGCUCUCCCUUCCUCUCCGUCGCCGCCGGUCUGAACGGUCUCGCCGGUCCCCUCCACGGUCUUGCCAACCAGGAGGUCCUUAACUGGCUCACCGAGAUGAAGAAGGUCAUCGGUGACGAUCUCUCCGAUGAGGCCAUCACCAAGUACCUUUGGGACACCCUUAACGCCGGUCGCGUUGUUCCCGGUUACGGCCACGCCGUCCUCCGCAAGACCGACCCCCGCUACUCUGCCCAGCGCAAGUUCGCCCAGGAGCACCUCCCCGAGGACCCCAUGUUCCAGCUCGUCAGCCAGGUCUACAAGAUCGCCCCCAAGGUCCUCACCGAGCACGGCAAGACCAAGAACCCCUACCCCAAUGUCGAUGCCCACUCUGGUGUCCUUCUCCAGCACUAUGGUCUUACUGAGGCCAACUACUACACUGUUCUCUUCGGUGUUUCCCGCGCCAUUGGCGUCCUUCCUCAGCUGAUUAUCGACCGCGCCGUCGGUGCCCCCAUUGAGAGGCCCAAGUCCUACUCCACUGACAAGUGGAUCGAGAUCUGCAAGAAGCUGUAAAUCAAGCGAUUGUUGUGAUAGUAGUAAUGGUUAGGUAGUUUGGCGCGACGG